AUGUCAGAAAGCUGUGUUGCAAUUGGGUAUCCCCGAGGAGAAAAUCAGAAUGAAAGUUUUGUGACCGUUGCAGGAUUUACAGGUGUUACUUCGAUAACAAUAGAUGACAAAACCGGGAAACUGACGGUAGUGGGAGACAUUGAUGUACCAAUUAUCGUGAUGAAGCUAAGGAAGCUAUGUAAGACAGAGAUUAUUUCGGUAGAUGCUGUUAAACCACCUGAGAAAAAGCCUGAACCGGAGAAACCGGCUCCACCUAAACCGAGUGAAAAGAUUGCAUCUCCGGUUCCGAUGAACUUAGCAGAACGAGUACAAUCCUGCCUAUGCCUAUUCUUCUGA